UAUCUGCGUCUGAGGAGUCCUAAUUGCAGCACAGUGCUCGUUUCACCCAGUGUUACCAUUGAUGGCAUUAAGUAUUGCCCAGACAUGGUGGUUUCAGUUGGAUCUUGUUCAGGUUUGCCAGAAUUCAUGCAGAUUAAAAAGGUUUUGGCGAUCAAUACUGACAUAAUGUUCCUUUGUAAACUCCAGACUGCUUGGUUCGUUGAGCAUUUGCGCUCUUAUGAAUUAUGCAGUUUGCAUUCACUGCAAGUUAUUCUGCCAUCUGAACUGAACGAUCCCUUCCCAUUGGCAGCCUAUAUUGUCCGAGGCCAGCUCUUUGUCACAUUGAAACAUUACAUCUGCUGCUAAAUAACACGAUUGUAUUUAUUAUUGUUUCUGUGAUUUUUUUAUUUAUUUCUGAAUUUCAGUUAGACAUGUCAAUGAUACUUCGUGUUAUUGUGCAUGAUGGUGACAUCCAAAAAGUAGUAAUUCCAGAAAAACCAUCUGAUCUCGUUGCCUUGAAACAUGUGCUGCAAGAGAAGCUGCAGGUAUCAUAUUCUUUCAAUGUUCAAUAUGAAGACCCUGAUUUUAGUAAUGCAUUAUGCAAUGUCAGUGACAUCAAUGAUUUGCCAGAGAGGGCAACCCUGAAAAUUAUUCCUCUAUCCACAUCUCCAUCUUCAAGUCAAGCAGACACAAUAAUUCUCUCAGGUUCUGAUACAUCGGAGAAGUUGUCUGCAGAAAGACAGAGUGAGUGGCCCGAGGAUUUUGAAAUCCCCAAAUUUUCUGUAAACGUUGAAUACCGUCUCCGUCAGGGAAACCUCGCUAUUAUGAAAGAUGCAACUUAUCUUAAUGUUGGAAGAGACAUUAAACAUGAUAUACUGGAAACACUUGCAAGGGCUAUGUACAACUUUAAGGCAUAUCCAAGAGAUGAAGAUUUUGCCCAAGUUGCAGCAGCGCUCGUCAAAGCACACCCAUGUUUGAGUGAACCAGGCUCCUCAACAGGCUCAGCUGGUUGGAAAAACAGCCUGAAAUUUAAGAUGGCCAACUACCGAACUAAACUGCGUAAAUCUGGCUGUAGUGAUGUUGCUGUUGAGGGAAAGAGAGGUGCAACAAUGGACGGCGUGCUAAAGAAAGGCAUUAAAAAACCUAGACGGUUUGAAUUAAAUUUCUUGCCAAACUUUCCCAAUGGGGAGAAUGAAGAAAGUCAAGAACGCACAAGAGUAGAACUUCAAGAGGAAAUGAAAAAGAGGACACGGAACAUGAGCCUGAUUGGCCAGAAGAUGGACAGCACUUUUGCCCUGAGGAGAAAGGAAAUCAUUCAUUCAGAACCUCCUGUUUGUGAAAUUUUGGAGAAGUGGCCAGCACUUUUUACUGAAAAUCAGAUCUUUGCAGAAUUCAGUCGCAUAUCUGGGAAAAAUUUGAGAUCCGAGUUCUACGCAGCAUUGGACACACACUCUGCACGUUUGAUUGAAAUUUUCCGAAAGAAAGGAGGAAAUCAGGGGAAAACGCUUCAUGACAUUUUGCGUCAGUCAUCUGAUGUAACGUGUGUGCGUACCGCAGUACUUCGCGGUCUUCCAGUCCUCCUGGGGGAUGACUCUGAGGAAUUUUUCAGGAUGUGCUUUGAUUCAGAUGUAGAUGCUGACUUCAGUGGAGUUGAUGUUGGCCUGCUCACAGUUUUACCUGAAGAUACGCCUGCCCAAACUCCAAAUGCUCUCAGUGUUGACUCAUCAAGGGCAAUCAUUCUGGAGGGAAGAAUCGUCGUGGAUGAUGUCCCAAACUUGCCACAUGCUGUAUGUCUCCUCUUUGCUUUAAUCUAUGCUCUUAAUUUGGACUACCCAAAGACAAUGAGGAACUCAUUUGAUUUUAUUCAGAGGGUAUUUCUGUUGUUGGGAGGUAAGAAUCUUAAGCCCAAACUCCAAACCCUUAAAAACCAGCUUUUAGCUAAACCUUAGCUAAAUGCCUCUGCUGCCUGUUAAAUAUUUUUGUUAGAUUAUUUUGUAAUUGCACUAAUUUAAGUGUGCAAAAGUUUAAACCUACACUGUAUUUCAGGCUUAUUUAGAGCACUGGUUUUGCUUUUGGUUCAGUUGUGGUUUAAAUUGAACUAUUUCUAAAGCCAAAUGUCUGUAUUUUAGGCAUUUUAUAAUUGUACUACUUUUAAUAGACAUUGGCUUCAGUUCUUCUUACAAAUAGCUUACAGUAUUAUAGUUAUAACU